AUGCAGGCGGAAAAUGCACCGCAACUUCAGGGGCCGUUUUCAGGUGUCAAAUUUUCAAGCACUUCAAUCCCUUCCACAAUUAAGAAGGAGUUGAGAACAGAUAUUACAUCCAUGGGAGGUAUAUUUUUCGAUGAUUUGAUGGCAGAUGUCAACGUGCUCAUUGUGGGGGAUCAUGAUACCGAGAAAUACAAGUUUUGCGCCAAGAGAAGAUGUGACAUCAAGUUUGUUAAGGCGGAGGCUAUUUAUACACUCUUUGAUAAGUGGAAGCAGGGAGAAGACUUUGAUUCCUCGAUACUAGAGCAGUACAUUUCGCCAGUUUUCGACCGCAUUUCGAUCUGUAUGUCCAGGCUUUCGAAUGUGGAGGGAGAACUUUUCAACAAGGCGUACAUUUCAACUCUUAUCAAGGAUAAUAAGGGCACACCGACCGAAUCACUUCUCAUGUCGACAUCUUUUGUUGUGACGACAGAAAAAGCGGGCAAGCGGUUCGAGAAGGCUCUAGAAUGGGGGAUUCCGGUGGUCCACCCGAGGUGGGUGCUUGACAGUGUGAGGAGAGGGGCAAUUUUGGAAAGUACGUACUACGACAUCACGAAAAACGACCCCAGCAGUAUGGGUGAGGGCUCAUGCAUAGUAUGGGACCAAGUGCCUCCGGAGGAGUUUGAUUUGUACGAUACUUCGAACCCGGUGUAUGUGAAAAGCCAGCAAGCAUACCGGCACUCGAGUAUCCGGCAAAAAUACACGACGAGUGUCAAUAGUGGCGCAAACAACUUGCUUUCCGGUCUCUGCUUCCUGACGUACGGGUUUACGGAGGCCCAGAUGGCGAAACUGGGUGAGAUAAUCACACAGAAGGGUGGAAAUCUGGUGGAUUCGUACGAAAAUGCGGUCACUCACCUCCUGAUCCCAUCAAGCAUGCCGUUUAAAGCCGUUCCGGGCAGGCUCAAGCAGCUCAUCGGCACCCACGAUAUGGCGGUGGUCAACGAGUGGUUUUUGGACCGGUCACUUUUCUACAAACAGCUGAAAUUCGACAGCUGGUCAAUUCCUCGGAAUUUCACCAACCUGGACUUGAAGCUCAAGAUUAGCGUCAGUGGAUUUUCCGGAGUCGAGUUCUUCCACGUUUCUAAGCUUAUCGAAGUUCUUGGGUGUGAGCUGGUGGAAGUUUUCCAGCCCGACUGCAACCUUUUGGCAGUAAAUUUGUACUCUGUUGGACUGAAUAAGUCCAACUCUCCCAAGCUUUUCCAGUAUAAAUACGCAGACAUUCUCUCUUGCAGGCCGCACAGCCAGACUUCCAACAAAUCUACCAAGGCGAAGAUUAACGCGGCGAAAAAAUGGGGGAUACCGGUUAUUUCUCUGGCCUAUCUUUGGGAGAUAUCGGAGCAGGGAAAGCUGCCCAACUUGCUCGAUUAUCGCUGGUGCAUAUUUGGGCCUCGCAGCUCGAUUCCAGCCCACAAUUUCAUUGAGUAUGCACGUGGAGUUAAUGGGAAGGGGAAGGAUGAAGAUGCGAGGGGAAAUGAUGUGAAGAAGAAUGAAAUUGUGAGGGAAAAUGAAGAUAAUGUGAAGGAGAAUGGAAUUGUGAAGGAAAAUGAGGAUAAUGUGAAGCAAAAUGAAGAUAAUAUUAAGGAAAAUGAAGAUAAUGUGAAGAAGAACACCACAACUGCGCAAAAUGUAGAAGAUACACCCAGAAUCCCAUCUCCAAAGAAAAAGACCAAACGAAAAUGGCCUAGGCUUGUUGGAACAGCGUUGAAAUCGCAGUUGAAACUUGGUCCUCUCGCUUUACCAAGCUUCACAUCCAAGAAGAGUCUUUUGCAAGGCGCUUUUUCAUCAACUGACUUGAAAGAUGGGGGCCAAGAAGAAAAGGGUCAAAAAGAAAAGGACCAAAAAGAGGCUGACGAAUCUCAAGUUCCCGAAAUCAGGUAUGAUAUCUCACCUGUGAGGGCAAAGAGGAGAAGACGCAAGUAG